AAUCACACUGUUGAUAUUAUGUCAAAUUAUUAAUAACCAUUCAAUAUAUGUAAUGUUUGAGCUCUUAUUUUGAAAGAUCCUCUUCGCCAGUCCUCCCGGGAGUCGGAGUCACGCCUCUGAAGGUUUGGUUCGUCGCGGGUUUGUUCAUAUCAACGAUGGCUGUGCAAACGGAGAGAGGAAUCCCGCUCAGUGCGCUUAAUCCAAAGUUCCUUCACACCAACUCCACCAGCCACACCUGGCCCUUCGGUGCUAUUGCAGAGCUGAUAGACAAUGCUUACGACCCAGAUGUGAGUGCCAAACAGUUUUGGAUUGAUAAGACAACAAUCAAAAGUCAAGACUGUCUAACUUUCAUGGAUAAUGGAGCAGGAAUGGAUUACGAUAAGAUGUACAAAAUGCUCAGUUUUGGCUUCAGUGAUAAGAAGACUAUAAAAGGCCAUGUCCCUGUGGGCCUCUACGGCAAUGGAUUUAAGUCUGGUUCCAUGCGCUUAGGAAAAGACACUAUUGUGUUUUCCAAGAAUGGAGAGUCCAUGUGUGUGGGCCUUCUGUCCCAGACCUAUCUUCAGGAGAUACAUGCAGAGAAUGUCAUUGUACCUAUUGUCUCAUUUAAACGCGUCGGACAGUCAUUCCGACCCGAGUCACAACACGCAACAAGUCUUCAAGAUAUCCUGCAGUACUCUCUGUUCCAGACCGAGGAAGAGCUGCUCUGUGAGCUCAAUGCCAUCAAUGCCAUCAAUGCAUACUCUGACACUGAGUCCACCGGAACACGAAUCAUCAUCUGGAACCUCCGCAAAACAUCCACAGAUAAAUCUGAGUUUGUCUUUGAAACGGGCUGCAACGACAUCCAGAUUCCAUCUGAAGUAUAUGAGAGUGAAAAAAAGAAAUACAAGCAGCCGUCUCAUGUAUUUCUGUCAAGCCCAGAGAGCGACUUCUCUCUGCGGGCGUACUGUAGCAUCCUAUACUUGAAGCCCAGAAUGCAGAUUAUCAUUUGUGGACAGAAAGUGAAAACCCAGCUGAUCUCUAAAAGCCUGGAGCACAUUGUCAAGAAUAAAUACAAACCCACCUUUCUAAAUAGAAAAAGCAUUCCUAUCACAUUUGGCUACAACACCAAGAGCAAAGAACAUUACGGAGUCAUGAUGUACCAUAAAAACAGGCUCAUCAAAGCCUAUGAACGUGUUGGAUGUCAAAACAAGGGAAAUGAAAAAGGAGUGGGAGUCAUUGCAGUGAUAGAGUGCAACUUCCUCAAGCCAACACACAACAAGCAGGACUUUGACUACACAGAAGACUACAGGAGAACUAUGAACGCUUUGGGGGAGAAACUGGAGGAGUAUUGGAAUGCGAUCCGCCUUAAGAAAGGAUCAAACACUACAUUACCUAUCCCGAAGUGUCCUGAUCAGAACUGGGUUCAGUGUGAUGAAAUGAAAUGUCAAAAAUGGAGGAAACUUCCAGAUGGCAUCGACGUGAAUAAGCUCCCUGAAAAAUGGUUCUGUCGGUAUAAUCCAGACCCCAUGUUCAGGCGAUGUGAACAAGAAGAAGAAGCUGAAGAUUCUGAAGAUGAAUCUACAGACUGCCUGAAAAAUUACAAACAGCAUAAGAGAAACCUCAAAAAACAGCAGGAACAGAGAAGAACUCAGGCCCCUUCCUCACCCAGAUCACCUACAUCGAUGAGCCCUUUUAAUUCAAUGCCCCAUUCACAGUCUGCUUCUAGCCCCUCGGACAGCAUGCCAGUGAUUUCAAAUAUCAUGUCCCUCUCCACUCCUAAAAGAACAAAAAGAAGUCUAGGAUUAUCCCAGAGCCAAAAUGUAAAAAGAGCAAGAACAUUACAUGACUACUGUAGCAACACUCCAGAUAGUCCAUCAACAUCCACAGCUACAUCAGAUGCCAUAAACUCACCUUUGGGGACUGUGAACUAUAAUGGAAAUAAAGUUGAUGAAAACAGUGUAGAGAGCAGUGACAAUGAUGACAUUGUUAUUGAUGAAACCCACAGCACGCCAAGACCCAAAGCCUUUGACCUUUCUAAUGUGAAGACAGAAGAAAAGACCAGUGAUGAUGCACCAGGAUUACAUAUGGAGAGCAGUGAUCACGCUUCCAUGGAAAAUGAAACUGAAGACACCGGAAAGGAAACAAUGGAAGCAUCAACUUCCAGUGGCCAAACAAACAUAACAACCCAAACAGAACGUCUGACUGUAAAGGCAGAGGAAGACCACCAGAUAAGAAAUGAAGAAGGUGAGAUCAAGAAAGAAGAGAUUGAGAAUGAUGCAAGAAGGAUGGAACAGAGCACUAAUGAGGUAGAAAGCAGGAUAAGUAACAAUACAGAAAUAAUCAAAGGCCCCAUGGAGGUUGAGAAAUGUAGUAGCGUAGAAGCCUUUAGACCAAAUCUCAUGAAACUAGAGGAGAUACCUAAGGAGAAUAAGAUCAGUUUUGAACAACAUGCAAAGUCAGAUGUAGAACACCAGGAAGGUAUGACACCAACAACUUCCAAGACCUCACUUUUUUCUAACAUAGACAUAGACCUUAUGCCAAGCCAUGAAGCACAGAAGCAACAGGAUAACCUGCUAGAUCUCCUGGAGGCCACAGCCCGGGAGAGAGAUGAAUUGAGAGAGCUAGUUCAGGAGAAAGAAAUCAAACUCUUGAAACUCACCAUGGAAAAGCACUGCAGCCAUCAGAGCAUCCAAACAGAUCCAUCAGAGGAACAAAACUAUAAGACUCUUUACUUACAGGCCACCCAGUGCAUCGAAGAGCUUAGGCAAGAAAGGGAUGAGCUAAAAAGGAAACAGGAGGUGUUGCAAAUCAAAGCUGAAAAAGAGGCACAGGAUGAGGUGUGUCGUGACCGGUUGAAAGCUAAGGAUGGGGAACACUCAUCAACAACGAGCAUUUGUGAAAAUAUAGAAGAUGAAAUGGCUCUUCAGGUGGACCUUCUCCUAAGAGAGAUGGACAAGCGCAAUACCGAAUGCAAUGAACUGAGAAGUAAGUUGGACAGCUUGGAGCAAGAGAAAUCUCAAUUUAAACAGUUGCAGAAGGAAGUAGAAGAGCUAAGGAAACAGAAAGUGGAGUGGAGCAAUGCAAGAGAGCAAGAGACUCUGAAGGACAGUAACACCAGUUCAGAACCAACAUGCAGCGCAAACCUUGUGAAUGGGAUCAAAAUAGAAGGAGAGAGCAAUGAAAGACCUGUGGAGGGAGAGAAUGCAGUGACACCGGCCAAGUUAAGGGGGCUGAGGUACAACAUUGCCCGUUUAUUGGUCACUUAUGUUCCUGCCCUGGACCUGGACCAAGUGAAUUAUGACUGUGAGGUCAUAGAUGAGAUUUUAAAUCAGGUCAUACAGGAUAUGUACCCCACUGAGACCACAAUUACUUAAAGCCAGUUGCCAAAGUGUUCAGCCUAGGUUAAUGUUUUGUGCAUGGAGACAAAUUGUUCAAAUGUUAUUUCACUCUGAAAAUAUUAAUCAUACUAUUAAAUUGUUAAGUUUUAUUUACAUGUUUUUCCUGAUUAACAGUCGAAGUUGUUUGGGCAAGUUUUACAAUCUUUUAUACAUUCUUGUUUUUGUUUUGUUUGUUUUCGUUAUUGGAAUAGAAAUAAGUUGUUUCAAGAAUAAAGUUUGAUCUUUCUGUCACAAAGACUUAAGCCUAUAAAGCUUACAAAUGUUGUGCCAUUUCAUGCUAGGUUUCUGUAAUUUUUCUGAUAUGCAAUUGUGUGUAUUUCUGAUACACAAUAUUUGGUAUACACAGUUAUGAGUGGAUAACAGCAGUAGGAGGUGCUACUCAAAUUGUGUACCGCCACUUCUGUGUAUAAUAUUGUACAUAGCACUGUUUUGGAAAAAUAGUAAUUAAUAAUUUUAUAUUUGUUUGAUUAAACAUUGUUCUUUCUGUC